UGACUCUGGAGAAGGAAGGGUCUUAGAGUUGCACUGCAACGCGAAGCUUGGCGUUUCCUCAGCCUCCAAGUUGUCUUUGCGGCCUGCCUAAAGAUCCUCUGCUUGCGUUUAACAUGUCCACAAAACCUCCAAUGUCAACAUAGUCUCUCUUCCUCGUUACCUUGCAAUCGUGUCACCUUGUGUAUCUGCCGGAGUCGAAUCCUUUCAGGGAGUUAGCUCCUUCAAUUUACUGGGAGCUUAAUUUUAUUCCUUGUUUCUCCCUCCUUGAUUCAUUACCUCACCGUCGACUACUCCCUCUCCUCACCUCCGGGUCACACACCCUCAAACCUAGAGCAAUGGCAGAAGUCCAGCCCCGGGGCAGCGGCACGCGAGGCCGUGGUGGUUUCAGAGGUGGAAGAGGCGGCUUUAGAGGUGGCCGACAUCCCAGCAGGUCCCAACACAAGGCAGACAAUGAGCAGGAGAACAUUCCUCCCACUUCGCUAGAAGAACAGGGUGAAGUUGGGGAACUAAAGAAGAAGUUCGGUGACAAAGUGCCUUUAUUGAAAGAGAUUUGCCCUGGUUGGAGUGACGAGGAUCUUGUCUAUGCAUUGAAUGAGACAGACGGCGAUGUCAAUGAGGCUGUUGAUCGGAUCUCAAGUGGUACCAUCUCACAAUGGGGCGAGGUCAAGAAGAAGCAUCCAAAAUCGAAAGAAACCACUACGGCAUCGACUGAGGGUAGCUCACGUGGUCGCGGUCGCGGUGGCUUUGAAGGUCGUGGUAGAGGCCGUGGGGCAGAGCGUGGUGCUAGAGGCGGCCGUGGCUCUUCCAAGACAGUUGCAAAUACAAAUGGCACCAAGGACACGAAAGCAACAGACGGAUGGGACACCACAACUGCGGCUCCUGCUACUGAAGCUGUCGGAGGCUGGGAUGCGGCCCCGACAAAUGGUGACAGUACCGCUGCCGGUGACUGGGCGAACGAACCUGGCAAAGAUUCAUUGGCAUCGCUCCAGACUGAGGAGCCGAAACCAGCAUCUGACGCUGCUCCUACUGCUGCGAAACCUGGUGGAUGGGCUGGAUUAUUCGCGAAACCGCCUCCUGCUCCCCAGAAGGCUGCCGCUCCCCCGCCUCGUGCUGCGCAGCCUGAAGAGAAUGCAGCAGAGCCCGAACCCGCGCUUGACGAACAAGUCCCUACCGAGCCAACUCUACCUCCUGCGAUCGAGACUGCACCUAGUGACGGUGGGCCAAGUGAGCUGCCAUCUGCGCCUCAUUCCGACACAGGGAAGGAAUUGGCACCAGCAAGAGACGAACUCACAGAGCAGAAUCUAGAGAAAUUACCUGAUGCCUCCCACCCACCACAGAGUGCUACCGCUGUGAGCACAGUCGCAAGCACUCAAGACCCGCUCACAGCGGGCGAAAGUGCCAAACCGGCUCUGCGCCCCGGAUUGUCUGGAUAUGCUGCUACUGCCUUGAAGGCGACUGCUGGGCCCAGCCGAUCUUCGAGCUAUGCACGAAAAGUGAUGGAGCAACAGGAAGCGGUGGUGAUGCCAGGUAACCAUGCCAUUGAGAAGGCAGCAGUCCAGUUCGGCAAGUUGGGUUUGAGUGGUCCCGAUGAUGUCGAUGUGGACGAGGACCGAGAAGAACCCGAAACCAGAACCCAGCUUCCAGACGAUUCACCAGUCGCUCCACGUGCGUCUCUGCCGCCAUCUCUCACGGACGCCCAAGAGGUGGCUCCUUCUCUGUCGGCUCAUGUACCUGCGGAACCAAUGGCACAACGACAAGCACCUGGAUUGCCACCUGCUCCUCAGCAAGCACAACAACCAUCACCUCAAUCUUCCUCCGCAUAUGCAGAUCAAUAUAGAUAUGCACAACAAGCUCAGAAGCCGUAUGACCCAUUUGGUCAGCCAUCGCAAACGACGCAGGCUCAAGCCCAGCCACAAGAACCAUUUUCCAACCAAGUUCCUGGUCAACCAGGUUCAACUCCUUCGCAGAGCGACUACGCCUCUUACUACGGCCGGGACGCGUACAAUUACUAUGGCGGGUAUGGUCAAGGCCAGGAUGCUCAACGUACAGGAAGUACAUUCGGUACCACGGCCCCAGAGACCCAAAGCCAAUAUGCCACCUCUCGUCCUCAACAAGGCAUGGGUCAAGAGGCUCCGGGUAGCGGACACAACACACCUGCGCCAGGAAUCCCUACACACCCUAGCCAACAUGCUGGUCACUUGCAAAACCAGGGUCAUGCAGCAUACCCAGGCUAUGGCUACCCCAACGCAUACAACCAACAAUACCCUCAGUACAGCCAAGCUUAUAUCAACCAAAUGAAUCAUCGCUAUGGGGCCAACAGGCCUAUGUUUGAUGAUGCUCGUCGUCAGGACCAGGCUGGAGGUGGUUCCGCUGGUGCCGGUGGUGCGGACUACUAUGGCAGCCAAUACAACUAUGGACAAAAUCACUAUGGCGGUGGAUACAAAUCCAACAUGUAUGGUCAGCCUCAACAGGGCUAUUCUUACGACCAGGCAUCAUCUCCCGCCGCCCCCUCCUCUUAUGCUCGUGAGACAGCUUAUGGACGAAGCGGAUCCACUCAGCCAUCUGACCCCCAGCAGAGUGCUGCGGGUAGCACUGCGUUCGGCGGUGUGGCAGAUCCUUUCGGACGGACUACCUCUGGUUUUGGACAGACUCAACAGCAUGGCACUCACACCGGAGGUGAAGAUCCAAGCAAAGCAUCUGGUCCAAGUCCCUCAAUGCAGGGCGGUCGUCCCGGUUCUACUGUCAACAGUCAACAAGGUGGAUUGCCACCACCAUCUCAGCACUCUGCCCAACAACAAGCAUUUGGCAAUUAUCCUCAGUACGGCGCUGGAUUCGGCAAUCAUCAAAGCGGUCAUCAAAACACUGGAUAUGGCAGCUACGGUUCUAACACUGGUUUUGGUGCUUACGGUGGCUAUGGCGGCGGCAGAGGAUGGAAUGGCAGCUAUGGAUCGGGCCAUUAAGUCUGCGCCGCCUACAGACUGCCACGGAUCUUCUCUCCUCUGUUCUAUUAGUAGGAGUUGAAAGUUCUCUUCCUUGCACAGAAAAGAAUGGCGAACAUGGGAGCAGAUUGAAAAAGUUCUCUUUGCACGUCUCUAUCCGUUUGCGGGAAAAGGGUUUUCUGCUUCAUCUUUCUUCAUCGGCUAUGUACUUGUACACAACACAACACUCGGAUUGACAGUGGAUAUUGGGGGGCAAGGCAGAUUGCGAUCAUCAUGGGUCAGGAUGAUCGGGAGCAAAAGUUAUGAGUCCUGGGCGGACUGCAUGCAGGCAGGCAGGAAUAGCACAGGCACCGAUUCGACUGCAUCAGUGAUAGGGUCUGUUAUCAGCUUUAGGUAGAACGAGAAUGUGAUCGACUAUCAAAGUCUGCAUUCACAACGUCGGGAAUGUCAACCUGUUCUUCGAUCAUGC